UUAAAAAAAAAAAAAGAAACGCAAACGAAGUAGAAGGGAAAAGGAAAAUUGAACUCUCCCUCCUCUUCUUAGUUCUUGCCCUAUCCUUCCUAAACCCUUCAACCAAUAUGUUAACACAGAAAAUCAUGAAAUUGAGUUCAUCAAUCUCCAGCAUUCGCUCCUUAAAUUUUAAUUCCGCAUUCGUUAUAUCUUAUACCUCCUUCAAAUUUUCUACCACACCCAAAAGAACAAUGACUCAAUUCCCUAAUUUUUCUAUAAAAAACACAAAUUCUUCUCGCGCCAAUACGGCGGAGGACUCCCUGGUGGCGCCGCCCAAACCCAAGCCACAACCUCCUCCUCAGAAGCCGUGGCUCAUCGUCGGUCUCGGUAAUCCCGGCAAGAAAUACGAUUCCACUCGCCACAACGUUGGUUUUAUGAUGGUAGACGCUAUAGCUGAGGCUGAACGGAUUUCUAUUAACACCGUUAACUUUAAAGCUCUGCUUGGAAAAGGAUUUAUAGGAAGUGUUCCCGUCAUGCUUGCCAAACCACAAACUUUCAUGAACUCAAGUGGUGAGUCUGUUGGGGCCAUUGUCUCAUAUUACAAGAUUCCAUUGAAGCAAGUACUUGUGGUUUUUGAUGACUUAGAUUUGCCUUUUGCCAAACUGAGACUACUUCCAAAAGGUGGACAUGGAGGACAUAAUGGGAUGAGAAGUAUAAUAGAUCGUUUAAAAGGGAGCCAUGAUUUUCCUCGUCUAAGAAUUGGCAUUGGACGGCCUCCUGGGAGGAUGGAUGCGGUUAAUUUUGUUCUUCGCCCUUUCAAUAAGCAAGAACGUGAAGGGCUGGAGUUUACAUUUGAACAUGGAAUAGAGGCUGUCCGGAUUCUUUUACUUGAGGGUUUUGAUAAAAGUGCUACAUAUGUCAACAGCACCAAAGCAAUAGAACAACUUGGUUAAAUUAUUGCUCUAGGUGGUUAUCCCUUUGGUUAAGGCAACACAUUGAGGUAAUUUACAAGAGGAGAAUGUGAUUACGGUGAAUUUAUUAAUUAGGAACUGGAUUAAAUUUUUCCGGAUGAAAGUAAUUUCCAAGUAAUCUGGCAGAAAUUUGUCCAAGCUCCCUUUCUUUUAUCAGUCAUUACUGAUUUUAUAGAUUUUCUUUUCUGUAAACAUAUAACUGCUUCAAUGCAUUAGAAAUUUAUAGUUCAGAAGAAUUCUUUUAUCAAAAAUGAAAAUUUCACUGUAUGAUGUCAGAGGUAUUUUCUUUGUAACUUUCUUUCAUUCAUAAAUCAAGUGUUUGGGUUACAUUUAAACGACUUUGGUGUAACAGAGAGAUAUUCAAGAUUUGAUUCUUAAUUUUGGAGGUGUGCAUUAACGAAUGAGAUAAGAAUACGGGAUUCAUGCAGGAAGAAGAUGGAUGGAUCGACAUUAAUGUAAAGAGUAAGGAAUGUGAUCCCAGGACUGUCUCACCUAACAUGGCCAUUCUACAAUAAAUUGUCAUAAAUAACAAGGAGAUGAGAUGAGUAGUUAGGCUGGCAGUUUCUGGUUACCCUAUUCUAUGGUUGGACAAUUAAUGACGCCUUUGUUGGAUAUAUAACAGAGGACUGACACUUUUGCACUUCUACUUUUGAUUCAUUUAAUUCAAUACUAAAUGCGUCUAUCUCUUUUACUAAAAAGUUAGUUCGAAUUUUCUUUUCUUUUUUCUUUUU